GAUUGACAAGACCAUGCUGGCGAGCCUGAAGGUCAAGAAGCAGGAGCUGGCCAACAGCUCGGAUGUGACCCUCCCAGACCGGCCGCUGUCCCCUCCUCUCACUGCGCCUCCCACCAUGAAGUCAGCGGAGUUCUUUGAGAUGCUGGAGAAAAUGCAGGGGAUCAAGCUUGAAGAGCAGAAGCCGGGACCCCAGAAGAACAAGGACGACUACAUUCCGUACCCCAGCAUCGACGAGGUGGUGGAGAAGGGAGGCCCAUACCCCCUGAUCGUCCUGCCCCAGUUUGGGGGCUAUUGGAUUGAGGACCCUGAGAACGUGAGCACGCCGACCUCCCUGGGCAGCAGCAUCUGUGAGGAGGAGGAAGAGGACAACCUCAGCCCCAGCACGUUUGGCUACAAGCUCGAGUGCAAGGGUGAAGCCAGGGCCUACCGCAGGCACUUCCUGGGGAAGGAUCAUCUAAACUUCUACUGUACCGGCAGCAGUCUGGGGAACUUGCUCUUGUCCAUCAAGUGUGAGGAGGCGGAUGGUAUUGAGUACCUUCGGAUCAUUCUCAGGUCCAAAGUGAAGACAGUACAUGAGCGGAUCCCCUUGGCUGGACUGAGCAAGUUGCCCAGCGUCCCUCAGAUUGCAAAGGCUUUCUGUGACGACGCAGUGGGGCUGAAAUUCAACCCUGUCCUGUACCCCAAGGCCUCCCAAAUGAUCGUGUCCUACGAUGAGCAUGACGUCAACAACACCUUCAAAUUUGGGGUCAUUUAUCAAAAAGCCAGGCAGACCCUGGAGGAGGAGCUGUUUGGGAACAGUGAGGAGAGCCCAGCUUUCAAGGAGUUCUUAGAUCUGCUGGGAGACACCGUCACGCUGCAGGACUUCAAAGGUUUCCGAGGAGGCCUGGAUGUGACCCAUGGACAGACGGGGGUGGAAUCAGUGUACACGAUAUUCCGGGACAGGGAGAUCAUGUUUCACGUCUCCACAAAGCUGCCGUUUACCGAGGGAGACACCCAGCAGCUCCAGAGAAAGAGACACAUUGGGAAUGACAUUGUGGCCAUCAUCUUCCAAGAAGAAAACACACCGUUUGUCCCAGAUAUGAUUGCCUCCAACUUCUUACAUGCCUACAUUGUUGUGCAGGCUGAGAACGCGGGCACGGAGACCCCAUCCUACAAGGUCGCAGUCACUGCACGGGAAGACGUGCCUGCCUUCGGCCCACCUCUGCCCAGCCCCCCUGUUUUCCAGAAGGGCCCGGAGUUCAGGGAGUUUCUCCUCACCAAGCUCACCAAUGCAGAGAAUGCUUGCUGCAAGUCAGACAAGUUUGCAAAGCUGGAGGACCGGACGAGGGCCGCCCUCCUGGACAACCUUCACGAUGAACUCCACGCCCACACUCAGGCCAUGCUGGGACUGGGCCCAGAAGAGGACAAGUUUGAGAAUGGGGGCCAUGGGGGAUUCCUGGAGUCUUUUAAGAGGGCCAUCCGUGUGCGCAGCCACUCCAUGGAGACCAUGGUGAGCAGCCAGAAGAAGCAGCAUGGCGGGGGCAUCCCCGGCAGCCUCAGCGGGGGCAUCUCCCAUAACAGCAUGGAGGUCACCAAGACUACCUUCUCGCCUCCGGUGGCAGUGGCAACAGCGAAGAACCAGUCACGGAGCCCCAUCAAGCGGAGGUCGGGGCUCUUCCCCCGUCUGCACACAGGCUCUGAAGGCCAAGGGGACAGCCGGACACGAUGUGACAGUGCAUCCAGCAACCCGAAGACCCCAGAGGGCGGACACUCUUCUCAGGAGAUAAAGUCUGAGACCUCAUCCAAUCCUAGCUCUCCGGAAAUCUGCCCCAGCAAGGAGAAGCCCUUCAUAAAGUUGAAGGAGAAUGGCCGAGCCAACAUCUCCCGCUCCUCCUCCAGCACAAGCAGCUUCAGCAGCACGGCAGGGGAGGGCGAGGCCAUGGAGGAGUGUGACAGUGGGAGCAGCCAGCCGUCCACAACCUCUCCCUUCAAGCAGGAGGUGUUUGUCUACAGCCCGUCCCCAAGCAGUGAGAGCCCCAGCCUGGGGGCAGCCGCCACCCCCAUCAUCAUGAGCCGGAGUCCGACAGACGUCAAAAGCAGAAACUCCCCGAGGUCAAACCUGAAAUUCCGCUUUGAUAAGCUCAGCCAUGCCAGCUCCAGUGCGGGUCACUAAUGUGAAAGAGGAGUCCUUCGCUUGUCAAAGGGAAGCCCGAUUCUGCCUUGGAGAAGGCUCCUAUUCCAGCAGUUUGGGGGUGCCGUCCACUACUCUGAACGUCACAGGCCUGCUUCUCCACUGCCCACCUGCCCACCAGACCAGCUGUCUGUCCCAGUGUCCUGACCCGGCCACAGCCUUGCCCAUCCCUGCCAGCGCCUCCCCCUGUCUGGACAAGACCUCUUUCCUCCAGGCCCUCCUGCUCCUGACCGCCUGAUGUGAUGUGUGUCUGGGUCAUUUGUCAUCUUGUUUUGUCUGCAGGGGAGCGAGUGGGGCAAGGGGGGAUCUGGGUACCAGUCAGAGUCCAGAGAAGUAGGGAGAGUGGUGAGGUGGGCAGCAGAGACUGA